UUAGAAAAUGCUAUAUUAUUUAUCUUUACAAUGCCACCUUUAAAUAAAACGGUUUUCGUUUUGGACCAUACUCCUUAUUUUGGUAUAGCUAGUGAAAAUACAUUUGAUUUUGAAUUUUUGAAAGCAAGACAACCAUCAAAUUCUUCUUAUAAUUUGCAUUUACCACCAAUUUCAAAAUCUUUAUGGACUUCUAGUGUAGAAUCAUGUAUAGAAUAUUGUAGAAUAGUUUGGGAUUUGUUUCCUGAAGGAAAGCUGAUAAGAUUUGUUGUUAGCGAUAACGUGGCUCAUAUACUUAACACAUGGAGCCCUCAACAACAAAAUAUAGGAUUUAUUAUAAAUGCUAUGGCAGUUAUCGGUGUGCCUCCAAGAGGUACACCUACUAUGGAAUGUUCAGUAGUCCACGGUUUAAGAGCUGCAAUAGAAGCAAUGGCUGAACCUUCAAUAGAGCAAAAAAUGAGACUAGACCAAGGUUUUUCAGUUAGUAAUAGGUGCCGCUUAAUUUGUCUCACAUCAGCCAGAGAUGAUGCGAGUAUGAAGAGCUUAGAAGAUAUUUUUCAAAGUGUGUUAAAAUCUCAAAAUAAAAUAGCUAUGGGCAAUGAACAAAUGUUAACUAUUCAGCAUUGUCAUUUAGUUAUAAUAAAUGUCUAUCCAUGCAAAAUGACCUCACAAGUAUCAAACAGAACUUUAAGAGAGAUAUCAUCGCAAUUUUCUAGUGAAGUCCACAGCGUACCAGCUUCACACAUAUCAAACAAAUUAUCACAUUUAAUUUUAAGUCAUUAUGAUUUAGCUAGUACGACAGUCACUGGAAUACCUAUGAAGGAAGAGUUAAACGCAAGCACAAGUGCAAAUUAUGAUGUUGAAAUUUAUCAUAGUAGUGCGGCUCAUAAUACAUUAAGUGCAGCUGAUGUUGCUUUAUUAAGGGGACCAAAGGAAGGUGCAGAGUAUUUAACUACUACACUUAAAUGGAGUACUCCCAGGGGUGCUGCAGGCGGUGCCGGUUCUUCUGAAUUGCAACCUUGUUCUGCGCAGUACAGAAUAACACCUGUUGAUGUAAAUGCUAGACCGAGUUCAUGUCUGGUUAAUUUUUUACUUAAUGGCAGGGCAGUUACUUUAGAAAUGCCAAGAAAAUCAGGUGGUCGAUUAUGGACACAUUUAUUAGCAGCUCAUGGAGGUGAAAUUUUUAUACACUCUUUGAGUACUGGUAGAAGUAUUUUAGAAGAUCCACCAUCAAUAUCAGAAGGUGGUGGUGGAAGAGUUACAGAUUAUCGAAUUAAUGAUUUUGCAAUGCUCAUGCAGCAAAAUAAAUUAGUACCAUUACAAGCAGAUCCUGAACAGGCCCUUAAUCCACUAAAUAGAGUUUUGGCAAAACUCAAUAGGCAAACAACAUCUUGGCCUUUGACUUUAAGUUCAACUUUAGUAUAUAACCUUCGACAAUAUGUAGAUCCUUUACCACAACUUAUAUCAAAAGAAAUCUUAACUGAAGAUGAGGUGUUGCAAUGCAAAAAAGUGAUUUAUAAUUUAGUUGGACUUGAAGCUAAACAUGAUGUUUUACCAUUAACUAAUACCAGUUUGAGAGUUAAAGGCCAAAAGCGUGAAGAACAGUGGAGGUGUUUAUGGAAUGAAUUGGAAAGUUUAAUUAGAUCAGGAGGUCCAUCAUCUGGUCAUUCAGCAGUGCUACAUUGCCUACUGGACUGCAAACAAAGCAGCUCAGGAACAGAUGAGAAGGUGGAACUUGACAGAGCUUUGCGUGAAUUGGAUGAUAUGGCCACUAGACCACCUAGACGACCUAGUGUUAUAAGAGCAACUGCAGAUUCACCAAUGUCACCACCCCCUGCUCGCAAGCUAAGACAAGAGAACAAGAAUUUGCUAGAUAUCUUAGCAAGUAUGGAAGUCCAGCCUCAAAGAUUAGAUUUUAGUGGUAGGAUUCUUGCUGCUGGUGGGCCUGCCAGAUUGUAUCCAAAUUUGAAGGAUGAUAAGUCACAACGUGGAGACAUUUCUAUUGAAUAA